GUCGGUGGUGGUUUAUUCCAAAUUCUCUGCUGGAGAUUGGAAGAUCAGACGCACACACCUUUUUUACUUGGACCCUGCAAUCGGAUUGACCUGGCGAGUUUUUUUUUUUUUUUUACAGUGCAGGCAGAGGCAGCGCAACAGCGCCACCGUAGAUCAGUCAGUACCACGCGCGCCGCCGGCGACGACCAGCUUCUCCGCGGGGAUGGCGGCUCCGGCAGGGCCCACGAGGUUGGCCUACUUUGAUGACAUGUGGGCCCUCCGCGCCCCCGCCACCAUCCUCUCCCUCCAUCAGGUUCUCCCCCCUCCCCUCUACAGAGUUUCAGAACCCUGGACCCUGACUAGGCUAGGCUCCGGGUGCCCGCAGGAGGAGGGCGGCCGGCGAGCCGUGGUGCUGGACGCCACCGUCUUCCACCCGCAGGGCGGCGGCCAGCCGGCCGACACCGGGGCCAUCGUCUCCGCCGCCGGCGCCGGCGCCAGGUUCCUCGUCGAGGACGUGCGCGUCAAGGAUGGGGUGGUCUUCCACUAUGGCAGAUUCGAGGAUGCUGCUGGAGAGGAGCUCAGCCAAGGGCAGAGCGUCAGCUUGGAAAUAGACGCGGAACGGCGCAAACUCAACUCCAGGCUUCACUCUGCAGGACAUUUGCUGGACAAUUGCAUGACCAACCUUGGCCUUAAGCUGGAACCUGGGAAAGGAUAUCAUUUUGCUGAUGGGCCUUUUGUUGAGUAUAAAGGAGUUGUUCCAGCGGAUAAAUUGCAGGAUAAGAAACUUGAGUUAGAAAAGGAGGCAAAUGAACUGAUUUCUAAAGGAGCCAAGGUCUUAGUCUCUGUUUUCUCUGAUGAUGAGGCCGCUAAAUUAUGUGGAGGUGCUCUGCCUAGCUACAUUUCAGAGGGUAGCACUCCCCGCAUUGUGAAAUUUGGUGACUAUCCUGGCUGUCCUUGUGGAGGCACUCAUGUAGCCGAUAUCGCAGACAUCGGUAACCUAAAGGUCACAAAUAUACGAGUCAAGAAAGGUGUGACUAAAGUUUCCUACAGCAUCAGCCCAUAGUUUUUCUGGGCAACUCUCACACCUACAAUUUAGCAGAGGUCAAAGGAUAAUUAUCCAGAGAAUCAGAAGGCCGGCUGCAUUGGUCUCCUCAUAAAUUCUAUUUUGUGUGACGACACUAAAUAUAUGGAGGGCAAAAUAGAUAAUUACAUCUGAUAUUUCCUCUUAGUGCCACUGUAUAUGCCCAUGUGCAGAUCAGAUGAUCAGGGUAUCAUGCCCCCUGCUUAUUCGUUGAGUUAUAUGCCCCGACUCUAAUUACAUCUGAUAUUUCCUCUUAGUGCCACUGUAUAUGCCCAUGUGCAGAUCAGAUGAUCAGGGUAUCAUGCCCCCUGCUUAUUCGUUGAGUUAUAUGCCCCGACUCUUCAUUGUGUUGUCUGUCCUUUACCAUUAUCUAGUUGUAUGUGAUGUCUUGUUAUAAUAUACCCCCUCUGUAAAGUAAUGUAGGAUGUAAUGGAACAGAGGGAGUACUGUGUAAGACAUAUUUGAUUAUUAUGAUUAAAAUAGUGUUCCCAAAUAAAUAAAAGGAAAGUAUGAGAUGUUUAGUUUGAAA